CCUGCCCUACAGCUCCUACCAUCUAACCAGGUGAUGAGGGACCACAUGGGGAGCACAAGGUGACACAUGUCCCGGGCAGCAGACCCAGCUCAGCAGUUGCCUAGCCAUAGUCGAGUGUGGUGUAGGCCUCAUGGCGGAGGCAAGCUGUAAGAAGGGCCAGCAGAGAUGGCUCCAGAGAAGCCAGGUGAGAAAGGCAGUGCGUUAAAGACACUGGUUAGGCUGUCUCCCGCUCACACCUACCUGCCUUAUAGUUUUUUCUUUCCAGUGAUUCAAGAAAAAAAAUUCUUUUUUUGAGUCUUUGCUGGUGGGUUUCAAGUGACCCCAGGACACUCGGGGGUGGCGUAAAGUCCCGCCUGGCUUACAAGAUCUCUGUCAGGUUAGAAGAGCGUAACUCUGCCACUGCGUUGCGCCUAGUGGGUAGAGGAGAUGGGUGGGCGGAAAAAUUGCAACCUCAAAUCCCAAGCCAGCACGGAGGAGGUGGGGAUGUGGAGCAGUGCUGAGGGGGUUUUAAUGCCCAGUGUGUGUCAUUUGCUUGCUCUACUGGUGGAUUUACAGUUGUGGGGGCUCUGUCAAAACACACGGCGCACUCGGGUAAACUCAGGUCUGUUUAAAAACCAGUUUAGUCAAACCUGGGUGAGCCCCAGUGUGCGCACACUGAUGCGAGCUUAAAACUGGGUAUUUCAGUUUAGCUUGUGCCUGGAAAUUUACCACUUCAGGCUAACUUGUUAGAAACAGGAUUAAAUUGACAUUUUUGUCCACACACGGUUUGGCAUCGGUUUCACUUGCUUUGCUUGAAAUUGUUCUGUGAGGUAAACCUGAGCAGCUGUGUGUGUCAUCCAGGCCUGAGCUGGAUUCCUGAGCCCCUCUUCCUGGCCCCAAGGCAGAGGCUGGACUUUCCUGUAGCAGCAUUCGAGCUAGUGCAGUCGGGUUACUUGCUGAGGAAAGUUUAAUGUGAGGCUAGUCUCUAAAAUGUGCUUGGGAGCCCUGAUGAAAUGGGUUCGGUCUAGCUGUGAAACGGCUCUUCCAGCUGUCCCUCCACACACUCCCCUCUUGGCGCUGACGGUCCGGCUGGAAUACAGGCUCUGCAGCCCUGAUUCUGCCCCCAAUAGGCCUCUGCAACCUCAUUGUCAAAGACCGGGCACCCCCAGUUUGCAAACUGGUUCCACAGCAGUUGCUGAGGGCCUGACCUAGCCUGGCCUGCAGAGCCUCUGUUGCUGGUGGUGUUGAGUGGGAUGGAAGGAGCCCAGCUUGCCUGUCAGGGGGCUGUGGGGAUCAGGAAAGCAUUUUCACUCCCAGCUCGCUGCUUGCACAGGUGGAGGAGUGAGGUUUCACCUGCCUUGGAAGGCAUCAGGGAUUGGACACCACAGGAUGCUCCACUGAUCUAGUUUGGCAUAUUGCAAAGGGGGAAAGACGUGCAAUGUAUAACGCUGCAGUGUGUAUGAGGCUGUGCUGUGGGACCCCGAUCCCAGGGGCAGGCUUCUCUUUAUUCUGAAGGAAAGAAACUGCGGUGCUUUGGUCUCAUCCGGGACCCCUGCAGCGUGCUGCCAUCUAGCUCCAAUUGUGAGCGAUCCCCACAGCCCCUUUGCACGGCCCUGCUCUUGUCUUGUUGUGACAUUACUGAGGGCACGUGGGAUCCACCCUGCAGCUUGGUCCCCUGGGGACUUGCUCUGUGAUUGCUAGCUGUCUCUGCGCACAUCCUUGCUGGGUGCCAAUGGGCUGGUGUCUCUUCACGGAGUGUGUUUUUCUUGGCAUGUUGGCUCUCAGAGGCUGCGUGCCCGGGGGCCCUUGCAGGCUGUGCUGGCUUGUUGGUGGUGCUGGGGUGUGUUACGUGCUGCUCUCUUUACAAGGCUGGCUGCUGGCGGGAAAUGUCAAAGGUGGGGAGGGAAAUGGCCUGGGGCCACAUAUGGCUCUGAGAGUUGCUGAACUUGCCUUGUGUCCAUGGAUGAAUCGCUGACCUGGCAGGUCGUCCUCCCCAGUGAGGUGGGCUCUAGUGGAUUAAAGCAGUGGGGGCUGGGAGUCAGGACUCCUGGGUUCUGUCUCUAUCUCUGGGAGGGGAGUGGGGUCUAGUGAGUUGGAACGGAGAGAAGGGGGGCUGGAUGCUGUCCCCAGCUAUAGGAGCAGAAUUGGGGUCUAGUAGGUUAGAGCAGGGGGCGGGGAGUCCGGACUCCUGGGUUCUAUUUCCUGCUCUGGGAGGAAAUGUAGCCCAGUGGCUAGGACGGGUGUGCAGCCACUGGGUUUUAUUUCAAACUCUGCCACUCAAUCACUGUGUGAUCUUGGGUCCUGUCACUUAACCGAUCAGUGCCUCAGUUCCCCAUCUGUAAAGUGGGGCUAUGGACAACACCCUGGGUCAUGGGGACAGUGGGGGCUGUCCCUGCCACCUGCUCUCACUGUAUCCUGUCUCGGCAAAGUGGACUGGUAACAGCUUGGUCCCUGGUCGCUUUACGGCCCCCUCCCAUUCCCUAGCUUCUCGGGACCUCAGUGGUCCUGCCGGAGCUGCCCUGGAAGGAGAGCUCCCAGCCAGCACUCUGGUUCAGGGCUGGCUCGGAGAGGCUUAUGCAGCUUCUCAUGGGACAUUCCAGCCUGUUUGUUUCUCAUGGCUGUCAUCCAGUGGCCUUUUUAUUAAGGAAAACACAGAUGUCACUUGAGCCUUGAGAAUGAGGGCGACCCGUUAGCCAUCCCCGCUAUGUCGGCCCUCCAGAGCCUAUUUCCGUCCUUCCUGUUCAAGGCGGCCGAAGCCUGGGAUGGUUUUGAGCACCUGCUCCGUUUAUUCCCCUGAUUGGCUCACCUCCCAGCCCCCUUUUAUUAGGGGACUGGGUGCUUAGCCAGCUUCAUACCUGACUCUGCUGCCCUAUGCGAGAGGUGAGUUCUGAACGAACCCUUCGCCUGCUGCUCAUCCCUGCCGCUGGGGGUCGUUCCUGUGUCCUCUGUCUCCUAGCGCCCAGCCGAGUUCCCAAAACAUUGGCCGAGGGAGAGGCAGGUCAGAUUUUAAUAGCAGAAGAGCGUGGCUCUUGGAGGAAGACAAACCGCCGACACCCAAUGGGGAGGCUUGGGCAGGGAGGUGGAAAACGGGGAGGAAUGCCGGGAGGGGCUUGCAGGGGCCCCGUGCCAACAGGAGCAAAGCGGGAAGGAGACGCCGGGGAGGUUGUCCGGGCGCUUGGCCCAGGGUAGGUUUUUCCUGGUGUGGUUGGCUUUUUAAUGAGGGUUUGGCCAAAAAGCCUGGCUGCUCCUGUGUCUGGGAGCCCAUCCCCUGCUCUCUGCCAGUUCAGGCCCUGCAGGCGUUAGUGUCGGUGUUAGCACCAGGGUGGGCCACCGGAAGAGCAGGGGUCUCUCGGGCAGGGUCCGUUGCUGCCUAACAAGCACUGUGGUGGGGGUGACUGUGGUGUUCGAGCCCAGGCAGGGUCUGUGCCCGCUUGCUUUGCAGCUGUUCUGGCCCAGGGGGGAAGACGAGCAAAGCCAGCUCUCCUGUGUUGCUCUGCCUGGAGCUGUGUCCGGGAGGCCUAGCAGCGAGUGCUUAGCAGAGCCCAGGGGUCAGCACAGCGUGGGUGAAUCCCCCCCCCCCGAGCAAUGUGUCAUGUUAGCUCUCCCCACAGCCAGGCUGUUCCGGCCGGGGGCUCCCCCGCCUUCGCAGGCAGUUGCUCGUUGUUUGGUUAUAAAUGGCUCCCACUGUCCGCACAGCUGUUCCUUUUGUUUGGCUGGUGGGUGGGAACAUUUGGCUAUAUACCCCCCCCAUCACGCCGGCUUCCUGCCUGUCCAGGGAGCUGUAUUACAGGGAGGGGAUGGUUAGCCCAGUGCCGGUCGCUCUGAGCAUGGGGCAGAGUCCCACAAGCAUCAACACUCGCUGACAGUAACGUCAUGCAGAUCGAUUACGAGCUCUCCCCGGAUGAGCGGCGCAAGGAGAUGGGCGACGAGAUCAUCCGAAGGUUCUUUAAAAGCGAGUCUUCAGACUACAUGCCGGAAAUCAGCCAGGCCCUCAUGAACCAGUGCAUGGAGAACCUGCAGAAAAGUGCCUGUAAAGACCUCUUCAGCAGCUGCCUGCACCCUAUGCACGAGUACCUGAGCGGCGCACCCUUCGCCGACUAUCGGGACAGCAUGUAUUUCGACCGGUUCCUGCAGUGGAAGUACUUGGAAAGGCAGUCGGUGACCAAGGACACCUUCCGGCAAUACCGGAUCCUGGGCAAGGGGGGCUUUGGAGAGGUCUGUGCCUGCCAGGUACGAGCAACAGGCAAGAUGUACGCCUGCAAGAAGCUGGAGAAGAAGCGGAUCAAGAAGCGGAAAGGGGAGGCCAUGGCCCUGAACGAGAAGCAGAUCCUGGAGAAAGUCAACAGCAGGUUUGUGGUCAGCCUGGCCUACGCCUACGAGACAAAGGACGCGCUCUGCCUGGUGCUGACCAUCAUGAAUGGGGGCGACCUCAAGUUCCACAUCUACAACAUGGGCAACCCCGGCUUCGAGGACGAACGCGUCAUCUUCUACGCCGCCGAGCUCUGCUGCGGGUUGCAGCACCUGCACCAGGAGGGCAUUGUCUACAGGGAUCUGAAGCCGGAGAACAUCCUCCUGGAUGAUGACGGACACAUUCGGAUCUCGGACCUGGGGCUGGCCAUUAAGAUUCCGGAGGGCGAGAUGAUCCGUGGCCGCGUCGGGACCGUUGGCUACAUGGCUCCGGAGGUGAUUAACAACAAGCGCUACACCUUCAGCCCAGACUGGUGGGGGCUGGGCUGCCUAAUCUAUGAGAUGAUCGAGGGGCAGUCGCCGUUCCGCGCCCGCAAGGAGAGGGUGAAGCGGGAGGAGGUGGAGAAGCGGGUGCAGGAGGAGCAGGAGCUGUAUUCCGACAAGUUCACCGAGGACACCAAGGCCAUCUGCAAGAUGCUCCUGACCAAGGACCCGAAGCAGCGACUGGGCUGCGGGGAGGACGGGGCCGCCCAGGUGAAGCAUCAUCCGUUCUUCAGGACCAUCAACUUCAAGCGUCUGGAAGCCGGGGUCAUAAAGCCGUCGUUUGUGCCAGAUCCUCGGGCCGUGUACUGCAAGGACGUGCUGGACAUCGAGCAGUUCUCCACCGUCAAGGGUGUCAACCUGGACCAAACGGACAGUGAUUUCUACGCCAAAUUUGCCACGGGCAGCGUCUCUAUCCCCUGGCAGAAUGAGAUGAUCGAGACCGAGUGCUUUAAAGACCUGAAUGUGUUUGGACCAAAUGGGAUGCGCUCCCCGGAUCUGGACUGGAAGCAGCUCCCCGAGCCCCCCAAGCGCAGCCUGCUUCAACGGCUCUUCCGGCGGCACCCGGCUGACUACACCAUCAGCACCAACACACACUCCAACCUCACAGCGGGCGUGAACUCACAUCCUCCCACGGCCAACUCCGCCUGCCAAGGCCGGGCCAUAGCACAGGCGCCUUCCUGACCGCCCUUCUACCAUGGAUACACUGCUCCGUUAGAGCCAGCACGGGCAGGCCCAGAGCCCCGACCCGGAGCCCGCCCGUGGAGCUGCCGUCCUUGCCUUCUCAGGGUUACCGUGGAUGUGAAGCUGAGGCUGUUGGAGCCAGAGCUGGGGUGAGGGCUGUUCCAUCACCCUGCCCUGCUGGGCUGAGUCACUCAUGGAGGCUGGGUGGGAAGAUGCAGCCCCCCUCUCUCCCCCCCGCAGGACUGCAAGCCAGAUACUCUCGCUACACCUCAUCCCAUCCGCUUGCCUCUGGGUACCGCCACCAGAGCCGGCUCAGCCCUGCUCCCGAAGGCGCAUCGCGCUGGCAGGACCCUGGCACGGCCACAUGCCAGACACAGACUGCGCAAGGGAGCCUGGAUCGCUCUGUGUGUGCGUGCGAGAGGGUGGAGUCGGCUUUCGUUGUUGCCAAUAGCUUCCUUGCCGUGCUUACUGGGGUGGCCUCUCCCAGCUGCUCCCACUCUGCCCCCGCCCCCACGGUUCCUGUUGCAAACCCUGCCCUGGGAGGCACUGUCGGCGUUGUGCCCACUCUGCGUCUGUCAGGGAGGGGGUGCUCCCUGCUGGUGUCACCCCCCUGUCACAGCCCGGGUGGGAGCCCCUAGCUGCUCAGGCUGAACAGGGGCUGGCCAUAGCCAGCUGGCUGCAGAGACCAGGGGGCAGGUGUGCAGUGUGUCUUGUAGCUGCUUGGCCCCUUUCAGUCCAGGCAGGGUCUUUCCUGUUCUAGCACCGCCCCCGGCAGCACCGAUAGAGGGGCUCAGCCAGCUGUGUCCUGCCAGCGCAGGGGAAGCCAGAGUUACGGUUUGCUAAAGAAGGGCAAAAAUGUCUGAACCGAAGGUGGUGCUCGUGUGACUGAACUCUCCACCUUGCUGCUUCCCUCUGGCGGGGCUGCGGGUUGGGAUUGAGGGGCACCAGUGGAGCUCUGGGCUGGGGGGUCCCAGGGCUGGGAUAGCGGGGGGCUGUGGGUCAGGAUUGAGGGGCACCAGUGAAGCUCUGAGCUGGGGGGGGUCCCAGGCCUGGGAUAGCGGGGGGUUGUGGGUUGGGAUUGAGGGGCACCAGCAGGGUUGGGGGAGCCCAGGCCGGGGGAGCAAGGAGGCUCUGUUUGAGUUGGGUAGGACCCGGGGUCCUUUUAAUUUGGGGUCACGAAGGCCAUCAGACAGUUGCACCCAAACCCCCUUGUUGAAGAGAAUUGGUGAAGGGAGCAAUGACCAAACCCCUUCUUCUCUUCUCGCCCUCUCCCAAACCCAGCACCUCUGGCUUCCCUCACCGCAGCUUCCGUUCUCUAAGCAAGUGUCCCAAAGAGUCAGUCAGUCCCCCUCUGAAUCCUGCCCCUGUCCUCGGCCCAGCAGGAGGUCACUUCUGGUUCCCUCAGCUGCCACCUACCCAGGGUCUAGCAGCCUACAACGAUGGCUUGUAGCCUGGCCCAGAGGAUGAGACUAAGACCCCCUGACCCCCCCAUAGGACUGGCCAUGGGCCCCUGGGUUGCCACUUGCCUAGGAGUGACCUGAGGAGGGGAGUCGUCUUGGCUUUGGGCUGGAAUGCGGGCAGCUGGGAGGUGCUGUGGGCUCAGAUGGGACCUGAGUGCCGUUGCUGAGUGGGAAGGGGGGGGCGGGCAAUCUGUUUUCAUAGCACCUGAGCCCCAGUGCUGCUUGUCUCAUGGCGGGCGUUUGUGUGACAUUAGGAGCCGACAGUGUGCAGGGAGCCCGGCGCUGGGCAAGGUGUGGGCCAUGUUUUUAUCUUUAGGGUCUGCACUGGCCUUGUGCCGGGGGAUCUGUCUGCUCUUAACGGUUUUGGUGCUAAAGCGAGAGUCGCUCCCAGUGGAAGAAACUCGGGCUCUGAGCAGGGGAGUGACGAGAUUUCCAGGGAUCACCCCCAAGCUGAGUUGCUGAAUACUCGAACAGCAUUCGCUCAGACUUCAGUGUGACUCCGAUGUCUUCACACAGCCCUGGGUACCUCUUUGCUCCCCUGCUGAGGCCAGAGUAAAGACUCUCUCUCUUGUCCCAGUGGCUGGUGUCCCUCCCCCCUAGGGCUGGGUAGGGAAGGAAGCUCCCAGCUCUGCCUGGUGCUAGCAACAUCAUGAGCUGUGGCAGGGGAAACCCCUUUCAAUUCCUCUUUAUGUGAAACCAUUCCUUCCUCUUCCCCCCACCCAGGUCAGUAGUUGCCAAAGGGGCUCCUCUCUCGAGACUGGCCCAUGAGGCUGUGUUGUCCCAGGAGCCGGGGCUGGCAAUAACAGACUCCUGAGCUGGGCCAGAUCUGCCAGGCCGAGAGCCGCAGACUCGCUGCACUUUGUGGCUUCGCCCCGAUUCCAAGUCCAAUGCACAAACCCCCUUCUGUUCUCCAGCCUCACCGCUCCUUGGGGAGCUCGAUGGCGGGAGUGGGCCAUGGGGUCCGGCGGGGCAUGUAGCCAGCUCUUCCAGCCCCAGCCACUGGCUGUCGAGGGAGCUGCGCGUUCUGCCCGGCCGCUCGGCUCAUCGGAAUCCAAACUAGACGCUCCAUGGGAGCUCGUGUCCCAAGGGAGGGGCUCUCUGAUGGGGAAACCAAGGUUAAAGGCAGGCUGUGCCGUGCAGUCCCACUCGAGCUCUCCCUCUCUUCAUGCCUAGAGCAGCGGGUAAAGCUGGCCCCUGCCAUGGUCCUCUAGGCCUGAGCAGAGCAAACCUUGUGAGUGGUGCCCCAAAGAUAAGCCAUUUCUGUCUGAGUGACGCCUGCCCCCUGUGGUAAGAAAGGGUAUUACAGCCUUAUGCCCCUCCCCUCUCUCAGCUGGAGCGUGAGCCACGCCUGUGGUGACCUCAGGAGGUCCCGUGUUCAAAUUACUUCCAGCGUGAGCAUGUCUUCUCUGGAGAGUGGGAAUCUCUGGGAGCGCAGCGGGGCAAUGGGGUUCCAGGCCUGGCUGGACUCCUGAUUGCUUGGUGGUUGUGCGGGAGGAAUCUUCACCUCCCCAGUCCGGUUUGCGCUGGUGGAACUGGGAGCUGAGUUCCUGCCGGUGGCAGCUGCAGUGCAGGCUGGGCUGGGGCCCGUUUCUCACCCGGCUCUGAGCCCGGUCCGCAUGACAGCUCUCGCCAGCGGCGCUGGUGACUGGUGGGUCCCAUCUUUGCCAGUGCAGACAGGGCUGUCCGUGCUCUGGGGGUCAUGCUGGGUUGUAAAGUAAGGAAAAGCCAGUGCUGGUGAAAUGUAGGGUGAUGGUGCAUGGGGGAGGCUGCCCCCGGGAGCAUUGCUGGAGCUGAGCAGUUGGGGUCUGGAUUUGGUCUCUGGAAGUGUCUGUGUCCCAGCCAUUGGUUUGGCUGGACUGGCAUGGACCUCGCUUUGCCCUGGUCUUGGCAACCUGCUUGGCUAGAAGUGCAAACAGGUCAGGGGGAAAACAGUGCAAUGUUGCAGGAGAUUUAGAUGCAUCAAUGGAAGAUGUGUCUAAAUCCUCUAGACUGUUUGACAGUCUCAACCCAAAUUUAAAAAACCACUGAUCCCGCUGCACUCACGUUACCAACAGUAACCAAAACAGAAAGUGAUUGCAAAAAGUUGUGUUCUUGUUCCCUUCACGCAUUUUGCUCAGCUUGGAGGGAGAAAUUAGGCAGGUUGGUGUCAGUGGGUUUCACUUCCUAGUUCUCCAGAACCAGCCCAAGAUUGCAGAGAGUGAGUUGCAAAUGCUGCAGAAGGAGGUGUAAAACCAGACUAGGUGUUGUUCAUUGACACUUUCGGGUUGAUCCAAUUAUUAAAUUCUGUGAAACACUUCAUUUAGGAAAAAGUAACUCUUGGGCCUAGAUGACAUGACUGUCCCUCUGAAAAAUACAGACUGAUGGCUUCGGUGUAAAUGAACCGGGAAAGAUUGUUUCAGAUGCCGUGUCUCUUAUCCCUGGAGCCUCAACAGAGAUCCUGAAAUAAUCCCUGCUUGGUUUUUUGAAGAACUUACAACGAUUCUAUGUGGGGGGGCUGGGCAGAGAAAGUUUCUUGACCAUGUUUGUAUCCUGCUCCAUCUCGUCGGAGAGGAAAAGGUCUUCUGAUACCAUUGAAAACGGGGUGUGUGAGAGAGAAAAUGGGUGUGUUUGUUAAGCAGACUGAGAACUGCCUUUUGCUGAAAGAUGCUCUGUGACCCACUGACCUUGUCCAGAGAGAGACUGUGCGCCACAUGGACAGUGUCUGUUUCUAUGCAAGGAUAGGGUGCUGUCUCAUGCCAGUUUCUCCAGCGGGAAGCUCUGGGGAUUCCAAACAAGACUGAAUUUCCCCCUUGCAAAAAGACACCUGUAUUUUUGUAUUUUCCUUUCUCUCAGCAUCCAUGGGCUUUGGACUGGUUUUUUACACUGUAAAUUCCUGAUUCUGGCAUAUUUGGUUUGGUUUUUGUACAUUUUGUAAACGUGUAAAUACUUAUAUGGUGAGUGCCUGGAUGUACAUUUUAAAGCUAAAAGCAGCAAAGCAAGUCAUGUGGUGACUUGUACACAUCUAUGUUUCAGGGAUAUUUGUAUGGGGAAUUUAAAACACAACAAACCCAACCUCUCAGAGGAAGAAGUGGAUGUCACUUUACCCCAAUCAAGGAGAAGCCCUCUUACUCCGCUGUAUUUUUGUAGUAAGCUUUUACAACUUUCUAAUUUGUAAUUUAAUUACAGGACUAUAUUUUA